AUGUUAGUUAGUGUAAAUAUGUCAGAAAAAUCUACAGAAGUUGCUGCCGAUAGGCCACUGGCAGAGGAAAUUGCCUCAGCUCAUAUGAAAUAUGUAUGGUUGGAUGAUUCUAUUGAUAAUCGUGAACCAAAUUUCGAUGGUUUUGAAGUAGCACACAAGGAAAGAAUAGUGGAUAGUUUGAAUGCACGUGGAGGUAGAUUUAUCACGUUUUUCCAAUUAUUAUAA